AUGACGAUGACACUUCCGUCCGUCUUCGGAGCGCCGUCUCUCGUGCAGCAGACAGCUUUGCGACUGGAUCUCGACCACCCAGAGCAUGCCAUCGCCCAACUCAAGUCCAUCCGUAAUUCGGUCAUUGGUUCCAGAACAAAGAAGUCGAGUCUCGUUCACACAGGUAUCAUCGAGCAACUCGUCAAGUUGCUUCGUAUGGAUCUCGACUCCUCCGCCUAUGCGUCUGAUCUCGUCAGCCUUUCAGCCACUAUCAUCGCGUCGCUCGCCAACACUCCUGCGCAAUCCACCUUACUUCAGCUCCUGCGCUCCGGCACCCAUGACGCUCUCCUCUGCUGUUUGCGCAACUUGAGUCAAGGGCUGAGCCGAUCCAAUCGACACGUGCUUGACCUGCAAAACGGCGACUUCGACGCUCUCCGACUCCUCGAGUCCAUCUUGAGGGCGCUGCGUCCCAUCCUCUUGGCCGUAGCGGACCAACUCUCCGCAAGCCCGAGAUGGGGCAUCGGCUCAAGCUUUGGAACCAAAGCCGCCGCUUCCGGAGUCGCGAUUGCACGCGUCGGCUCCAAUGCCGCUGCCUCCAAGAUCUUUGGCAAGAGCAGUCGCGAUCCGUUCUCUACCUCGCCAGCUCCCAUUCAAGAUAUCUUGAUGAGCAGCGCAAGCCACGACAACUUGCGAGCAAAGGUCAAAGAGCAGCAUGUUGAGACAGAGGCAGAACGGCAGCGCGACCUCAGACGCCUGUGCAGGCUCUUUCUUGCUCAAGUCUACAAUCCGUCCAAUUUGCCUUUCCUGCUUGGUCCACUUUUCAUGUGUCCAAUGCCCCAGCAGCCGGGCACGGUAACCCCUUCGGCUUCCCCUCGACCAUCACGAACAUCUGUUCCUACCGGAAGCGCAUCGACUGAUGCCGCCUACCCGCGAGGAACCGACCCUAGUCAUACGCAAACGUCUGAAUCCACUACACUGACAGGAGCCGCGAGGGAUAUCGAAUCUUUACCUAUGACCGUCAAAACCAAGAUUCUCAGCGUCGUCGAGAUGAUCUGCGCCAUUCUCUCUGCCACCCUCUUUAUUCCAGGCUGCAGCACUGACGAAGCUAGCGACGUGUCCGGCUCGCCAGCAGCCCAGAUCGCACAGCGUCGUGAAAGGGUUCUGACCUUUGUCGCAUCCGAUAGUCCCUUUUCGGUCGAAUUCAGUGCUUCGACGGCAUCUCGAGGGCGCUCCGAGGCUAUUCCGACCGCUCGAAUGGCACCGGCGCUUCAAGCCGAGGUGAUUCGCAAAGGGUCGCGCUCUCGUUCGCGCCUGAAAGAUGCAGAUGGCGGUGCAAAAUUCGACGCCCCACCUCUGCAAGCUUGGGACGAGGAUGGAAGCGAUGAGCUUCGUGCGGAGUCCGACCUGGCCGUCUCGGGCCCUGCAUCUGUCCUCACCGUGUUGCUUGCAGCGGCUGAGUGUGGCUUUGCCAAAGCGCAAGAAGCUGCCCUAUACUGUCUGGCAGAGAUCACGCGCGAAGAACCAGAUGCAUCACUGCGCCUCUUCCGGUGCACUUCGUCGUCCGGCACGCUGCCGACCUCGGUCUUGCUGAGCCUGCGACAAAGCAGCAACGCCAACGUCCGACUGGCCGCCUUCACCUGUCUCGCCAACAUUAUCAAGGUGCAUCCUUUCACUGCCAAAACCAAUCAAUGCGUCUUGGAGGUGCUGAUGGAGCUGCUCGACUAUACUCCUGCCGGUGUUUCAUCGACCAGCCCGGCCGUACCAGCGUCUCAACUGCAGGGGUCAAGUCAGGUAGAGAUCCAGAUUCAGGCCGCAUUUGCCAUCGCCCGGCUGGUUGCUGAUAAUGUUACGUUACAGACGUUGGCGACAGAGAGCUACAAUGCUCUCGAAAAGCUGGCUCAGCUGCUCGACAAGGCUUGUACGCGUAGUCAACCUCCAAGUGGCUCCAAAGGCGAACGAGGCAAUGCAUCUACGACCAUCCUUGGCAGCAUCGCGAUCAGCACGCCGCGCAACGACGCUACAGUCGGCAUCGCCCCGCCUGCCACCGACGAAUCAGCCAUCAGGCUGCGCGAAGCUUGCCUCACAGCGCUUGCAGCCUUGACAUUUCAGCACGACGAACCUCGUCGCAAACUCGUCGACUCGGUCCAGCCCUCUGUGCUUGCCAUGGUCGUUUCCAGUAUCGAUUUCCCCGCUCUGGGUGUCAGGGUGGCUGCUUGCCGCCUCAGCCGAGCGCUGUCUCGCAGCGUUCUGAUCCUGCGCACUUCGAUCGUCGAUGCCAGUGUCGCACCAAAGCUGGUAGCGCUUCUGCAAGAUCCACACGAGGAAGAAGUUGUCAAAGUCGAGGCAACCGCUGCGAUCUGCAAUCUCGUUCUGGACUUCAGCCCCAUGAAGAAGCUGAUCCAGGAGCUUGGCGGGGUCGAUAGUCUAAUCCAGCUGGCUCACGAUGGCGGAAGGCCGAAAUCUGCACACGUCGUGGAUGAGGAAACUCAGUACGCUCUUCAAGCAGCCGCCACGAUGAUGAGCAGUACGACGAGCAGCACCAGCAAGGGACAAAGCAGUCAGAGCGCCAACAUGACUCUUUCAGGCUCGCAGCAGUUGCGAUUGCACGCAUUUUGGGCGCUUAAAAACCUCUUGUCGCACUCGGACACGGCGCUCAAAGUCGACGUCAUGGCGAAACUCGACUUUGGCUUCCUCACGACCAUGUGCGAAUCGCCGACGUGUGAGAUGCCCUUCAAGGAGCAGGCGCUGAAUAUCCUGCGCAACGCGGCUGCGACCAAAGAGUCUGAUGUUUCCUUCGUGGUGGAUGGGAUGGGUGGUGGCGAGCGGUUGAUGGAGAUCUUGGAAAACUGCAUCUGGCAAGGCCGCGACGCAGGUGAGCCGGGAGCGGCAGUAAUCGAACAAGCUGCGUUUGUGCUUGUCAACGUCGCAACGGGAACGGAGCAGCAUCGCAAACUGCUCCUGCGCACGCCCAACAUCAUGGACGCUCUGGCGUUCUUCUGCAACCAUCCGUGGAAGGAGAUCCGCGUCGCAGCGGCAAGGUGUAUCGGCAACCUCCUUUCGCGGCCCAAGACCUCCUCGACGCCGGCAGCGAGUGCGGAAGCUGCGACCCAGACCGGAGCUGCCAGCUCGGUGAUUGCGAGUGAUGCCUUUCCGGAUCUGCACUCAGAAGCAAAGGCUCGCAUCACGCGGUUUGGAUUGGACAUCAAGAUGCAGGAGCUCGCACAGUCGGACGUGGAGCUCGACGUGAGGGAGCGGGCGAGAUCGGCGCUGAAGAAGUUGGGCAUCGAGGUUAAGCCUGCUGUUUCCUGA